AUGAGCUUGAUAUGCUUGCAGAAAGUCCCGUUAUUUCGUUCGGACCUUCUUUACCUUGCGCGGGACCGAAAAAAACUUCGACUGGAGCUUCAGAAGUUCCAAUCCUCAGAUACCGUUACUUUCGAAGGAAAAGAAGUCUUUGCCCGAACAAGCAUAAACUCGCUCGUCAUCUCCAAUGAAGUUCUUGAAAAGUCUGAUGAAACCGAUAAUUCAGAAGAGUUAGAGCUUUCUCUCAACAAAAUAUUAAUAUCAUACAAGCAGGUGUCGGUUUUAUUUUCUUCCUUUCCCAAGAGGUUUAGAGGGUGGUUGCUGGCAGUUAUCUUCCAAAUUGUAUCAAAAGAUUGUCCAACUGACGAUUUAUGA